AUGGCUUCGCCUGAUUCAUUCCUGGACAUGGAGCAGCGGAAUCGCCUCCCGACGCUCUUCGAGGUCCUCAGUCGCCGCACUCUGGCUCCAGUUGACCUCUUCUCAUUCUACAUUUACAUGCGCGACCAGCAGCGUUCCGUGGACUACUUGGAUUUUUGGCUCGAUGUCUCGCAACAUAUGUCCUUGUGCCGUCACUAUGUCCGAGAGCUUCGCCGCUCCGUCCUCGUCGCGACCCCCGAUAUGGAAAGAGCCGACAACGAGCGCUCGUCUGCGAUGCUAGAGAAUCUAGAGAACUUGGGCGAUAUUCCGCUGGUGGAGGCUGGGCCUUCCCGCCUGCAUCACAACGAAAAGGACCGCGACGCCGACCACCGCUUGUCUGCUUUCCUGCGCUCUGAGGGCCACAUCUCUUCGCACUCUCCCCAGAACAGCGUCGGCUCUCAGCAGUCUGCUCAGCGGACCCCGUCCAAUGAUCCGCGCCCCAGCACCGGCAACGGCAAUGGCGGCGACUCGAACUCCCCCGGACACACUGUGGGCCGCAAUGAUAUCCGCGCGAGCGCCGAGAAGAUUCUCUACACCUAUCUGCUCCCUGGCUCCGAGCGAGAGAUUAUUCUGCCGGAGACUAUGGUUUCGACCUGUAUUAACCUGAUUGAGGACGACGGCCGUGACGACCCCGAGGUGUUCGACCCCGCGAAGGACUAUGUGUUCCAGGCUAUGGAGCGUGAUGCAUUUCCGGGAUUCUUGCAGGCCAAGGCUCUGGGUAACCUCGUGCCGCUAAGCAUUCUUGCCCGUCUGGCUUUUGCUCUGAUCAGCUUUGGUGGAGGUUUCUGGGGCGCUUUCUAUGUGGUUCUGCGCAACAAGCCUCGGCACAUUCGCUGCUGGGUUAUCCUCCCCUUUGUCGUUGCCUCUUACUUCAUCAUCUCGUACCAGUACAAGAUCGACCCCGUGAUGGCGUUCAUCGGCUACAGCGAAUACACGUUCAUGAACUGGGCACCCAUCCGCGAGCCAUACGUCCGCAAACUCUUGAACAAGCGCGCCGUGGUCACCGCUCUCAUCGCGUUCCUGACCGCCACGGCCCUGAGUAUCUUGUUCAUUUUCGUGCCUGGCACAAUGCUCUGA